AUGUCUACCGCUUUAGAGGUGACACAUCGUCUGGGAGAGAACACAAAGACAGCAGAACCUUUCCUCUUUUGUGGAUUUACCUUGCCUGAGAUUAUUGAAGAAACAGAAUAUAUUAAAACGAUUCGUUCCACGCUAGCAAAAGUGAAGCCUCUGUUAUAUAAAAAGGAAUUCAACCAUAGCAUUGCAAAUGGCACGCUGGAUUCAAAGCUACAUGUUACAGAAUCUGGAUUGGUCCCUGAGGAAGAGAUGCUGUCUUCCAAGAACGAGGAGACCUUAAAAAAGAUUAACAAAGCAGAAGAAGAAUUAGUAUGGAUGAAUAAAGAAAACGAAAAGCUAAAGAUGAAGCUCGAAGCUUUAAGGGCCACCGGUGCUGAGUGUGUGAAGCAUGGCUCCCGAAAGCUGCAUGAGACUUACACAAAACGCUCUGAAGACCUGAAGAAAAGACACGAAGGAGUCAUAAAUACAAUGAAGGCCCGCAACCUUGAGCAAGAGCAGAUCUUAAAGCAAAGCACAGACAGCCUCAGACAGCUAAGCACACAGCUGAAUGAGAAAUAUGGCCAGAUUGAAGAACUGGAAAAACGAGUACAAAGGAUGAAAGAGGAAAAGAAAACACUGGAUGAAAACAAACAGCUUUUAAAAAAGAAGUUGCAUCAGAUGAUGUCAAAAGCUGAGAAUGCUCAAAGCUGUGUAAAAGUUCAGUCAGAGAUGUGUGUUCUUCAGGAGCAAAUUACUCACCUGGAUCACGUCAUCCAUUCUCAGCACCAACACUUGCACAAUCUGAUACACCAGAUCGAGGGGCUGAAUAAUGAACUGAAAUAUCAGGAUGAAAGAAUAGAAAACUUAAAAGACCAGGUAGCAGUGCUUCAAGUAAAGAACAAGGAACUGAAGUGUCAAGUGGAAUUCUACAAGAGCCAAUCAAAACCAAAAAUUUCCAAAGCUGUUUGCACAAGGAUUGAUGAGAACUUGCCGUAUAAUGUAAUAUCCAGACUACACCAUUGAACUAUUCCUACGAGGUCUGAACCUUCCUCAGAUCCACUAAAAGGAUGGUUAUCUCUUUCCAGAAUAACUUUUCUAUGCAUUUCCAUUGGAUUUACCAGCACUUCGGCGUCACCUGACAAAAAUAAUCUUUUGAGUUAAUGAAUGGAAUCUCAAGAUGGUCUUUUUAAGGGAAGAAGUAAAUUGAGAUGUGACAGAAGACAUCCAGGAGGCUGGGACAUAUUGGAAGGAGAUAGACCAUUUUUAGUCAUCUAUGGGCCCAUUAUUAGAAGCACUGUGGUUGUUCCUACCAGUGAUGGAAAUGCAUUGGCUUCAGAGCUCAUUAAUUCAUAAGGACCAAUUACUUCCUGCAAGUUCUGUAACGGGCAUCUGAAUCUACACUGAAGAAUAUUACGGUGGACUAAGGCACCUGGAUUAAAUAUAUGAUGUGAAGCUCAAAUAUGUCGUCCAGCUGAUCCACAACUGACUAAUAUUAGUUUUGUGAGAAUUCUCUCUUCCUGAUCAUGGAUACCAGGCGAGAGAGAGAGAAAGAAGAUGAAUGAGCACUUGUGUGGAGAUUGCAUCAAUCUAACAGAAAAAAAAAAAACCUCUCAUCACACCAAAUUGCAGCUGUUAGUAUUAUAUUUUAUGGAGAAUUAUGAGUAAAGCGAGCCUUAGAAAACCUUGAAUGGAGAUACCCCUUUGCAGCAUUCCCACACACUCACCUUAGUGUUUUUGAAUCUGGCAAACUAUCACGUUGUUGUGUAAAAUGAUAAUUUUGCAAAUGAUGUUUCUGAAGGAAGUAAAACCCCUCUGGGAAGGGCCUCUAAGCACAGAGGAGCCACAGUCCUGAAGCCAUCCCUGUGUCAUGAUUUAGAAUAGCUAAAAUGUAAGUGUUGAGCUCUUCUAAGGCAAGUUCACCAAGCAGUGGAUAUAUAUAUAGAGAGAUGUAUCUUUCAUUUAUACCUCUAUAAAAACAGAUCGUACAUUUGGCUAGGCCCUGUUUUAUGGCAGCGCAAGAGCAAGUUUCCCCAUAAUUAAAUGAAUAAAUUAUUUAUUUAUCUAUAAUGAUGAUAACAUCCUCAGAUUACCUUUCAAGAGCAGCUUGCCAAGACUGUCAAAGCGUAAUGACAAAAUGGACAAUCUAAACGCCAUGAAACCAAGAAAGCUCCGUGGUAUAGUUAUCAGGAUAAGAACGGCAUCUAAAGAUCUCAAGGCCAGUGGCCAGUGUGAUAAUGAAAAGUAAAGUUGGUGGUUCUUUGGCCCACAGCAAGAUUUAUGCUUAAAUCCGGCUGGACCAUCUUUUGCACUGUAGCAAAAUAAAUAACUGGUACAAUGUUCAAUCCAUUAUUUAAGACGCAAGACCGUAAGGUAAGCUUGUGUACACUGUGUAUAAAAACUAUGAAUUUAGCUGAAGGCAACCUUGUCAGCGUAAUGAGCGUAACCAUGAUUUGAUUCCCUGGAUUCCUGGGAAUGAGUCAGGAAUGCAAUGAAACUUCUUUCUUCUCUGUUUCAUUCCAACCUUCUCUCUUCACUUUCUCAAAAACAUCAUGUUUUCCAAGGCAGGGCUCACCACAGAGCACUCACCACUCCCUUCAGGGCGCAGCCGCAUUAGCCUUUCUGCCUUAAAUGUGUGCCUAUUUGGGGGUAUUUUCUGCUUUCUUGCUCCCUACACUUGAGCAACCAGAAAAUCUGAUAAGCACCCACUACUUAUGCAAAUGGAGCUGCGCAUCCUUGCGCAUGCGCCUACCACUCACACAGAACUAUCUCCCUUCCCCUACUACCAAGCCACCAAGCUGGAAAGUUCCAAUCUUACAUGGCCAUGAUGGCGAACCUAUGUCACGUGGGCCACAGGUGGCACGCAGAGCCAUUUGUGUGGGCACAUGAGCCCCAGCCAAAUUUACCUGCAGUG